AUGGCACAGGAUGUCUGGCCCAAACAAUACUACAACAGCGAAGCCACGAGAACGAAUCCAUUGCGCUGCAUCAUGAACAACGAAACCUGGCGAACACAGUAUUACACCAACAUGUCCAAAGCCUUCGCGUCGCUAUGCGAAGUUUUCGCAACAGUCAUGGACGCCAGUAUCGGACCGGGCGCAGAUACUCCAGGUUAUGUCAACAAGGGAGGCCUUUGGUUCCAAGCGGAGUUUCCAGUCUUGCAAGAGCAGAACAAGAUGCUCAUGAUAGAAGCCAUAUCGCCAGAUGGAAAUGUCGCCUGCACAUACUGGACGAAAACGAAUGUUGUCCAGAACAGUAUUCAUGAUACAAAUGUAUACGGGCGUGGCAUGGCUACGGGCAGUGAAGCAUGGUUGGACAUAUUUUCGGUAGCUGACCACUCGUUACGCGAAGACUGGCAUAUGGGCUUGCAGGGCAAGUAA